UGUGUGUGUGUGGGGACGCGAACACCGCCCGCCCUCCUCGCCCCGCGGCGAAACUGCAGGGUCGCGGUACGCGUGGGGCCGAGCACGUGACUGAGGCGCAGGUGGUGGGACAUGGCCGGGCAGAUCUCCGAGUCUGACCAGAUCAAGCAGUUCAAGGAGUUUCUUGGAACAUACAAUAAACUUACAGAAAACUGCUUCCUGGAUUGCAUAAAGGAUUUCACCAGCAGAGAUGUGAAACCAGAAGAGAUGACCUGCUCAGACAACUGCCUGCAGAAGUACUUAAAGAUGACCCAGAGGAUCUCCAUGAGAUUCCAGGAGUAUCACAUCCAGCAGAACGAGGCUCUGGCAGCCAAGGCAGGACUGCUCAGCCCACCCCGUUAGAGGAGAGCCCCGUGCUCAGACUCAGCAAGCUGUGCCAGAGCACAGUUGGGAUUUCCUGCUGUUGGGAUGUGUGUCCAGCAGCUUGGAACAGAGUUCCAGGUGCUGCUCAGACAGUGGGAUCCAUGAAGGGUUAAACAGCGAGUCAGUCAUGGUGGCCUGGCCGUGGAGUCUCCCAGGGCCUUUUCACUCCACAGGGAUGUGGAUUCAACCCCUCCCAGGGCCCACAGACUGGUGUGUUUGAAUUCCAGGGGUGGUGGGAGGGUUCAACUGCCUUGUGCUGGGACUGGUUGAGAUGAAUCAAUGUAAUAUGGGAAACACACUUUUUUAUUUAAUUCCAAUAAAAUCAAUUGCAGCUGGA